GAUAACUCAGGAGUUAGCGUCAAAAUGGCAGCCAGAAUAUCAGACGAAGAAGCCACUCGUCGUCGUAUUCAGCAUCGACUGGCUGAUCGUUAUCUUAAUGUAUUAGAAAAUGAGGAGGAAGAAGAUCGAAAGCAGGACCAUUCCAAAAAUAAUAAUGACAACCAACAAAUUCCCAAAAGACAUGUUUCUGCAUUUUCAGUUCAGAAUGUUUUGUGGCUCAUAGCAUCAAUAGCUGUAUUUCAUUUUACAGACUUUUACUUGGUACUUCUUUAUGAUUCCAGAAUUGACAGGAUGUGGUUCAACGUUGGGGCAGGCCUAAUUACGGUUACACUUGCCAUAGCUGCCUUCCUGAUCGUGUGGCUGUCCAUGGUGAAGAAGGUCAGCUCCGAUGACUGGGAAAGUACAUAUCCAGCGGCCAUUCCUAUUGCCACUGCCAGCUUUAUCGCAGGAUCCUGUUGCGUCAUCAAAAGUCUGUGGCCGGUGUGGGGCAUUCUGACGCCACCUAUCCUCGUCACGCUCUUUAUGGGCGUUGUCGUCGUCAUCGCCAUGUUUGGAUAAGUCUUCGAAAGCCGACCGCCUACACGUGUCUACUGACAGCCCGUUGAAACAUCGAGCAUCGUCGCCGUCAUCGUCAUCUCGUCUGUUGUCUUACCCUGUUCUUGUGUCAGUCCUCUAACCCUUUCUAUUUAUAAGUGUAAGCUUUGCUAAAGUGGAUUAUGCGCAGAUGCGUGGCCAGCUUCAUUGAGAAACCAGAUAGCGCGGUAUAAGCAGAAGUGGAUUAAAACAAAAAAUGAAUUGUUUACCAGAAUACUUCAGUAUUUGCUGGAGUAGAAAUGCAGAAUGAAACUUUAAGAAUUUACCUUCAUCAGUCUGUUUCUUUUGCGAUUAUGUUUCUAAUCUAGAGAAUGGUCGUUUCUAUAGUUUUGUUUUGUUUUUUUUUUUUUUCUGCCGAGUGUCACAUCCAGCUGUUAUGUCACACGAACAUGGGUAUCUGGCGGCGGGGUGGGGUGUGGGGUAUUUCCAUGCCGUGGGUAGGUAGGUUGACUCUAUCCUGUCUCACAGUGUCGGCAAAAAACGCCAGAGUUGCGUGUCCCCCCAGCCCCUUGAAAGAGGAUGGUUUCAGACUGGUCCUGCUGUAAAUCAGAAUUUUUAUUCCCGCUUCAAUAUUUCCCAAGGGAGACAGAAUUCCGAUUUUCCCAUCAAGGAAAAUGCAUCCAGCAUUACUAGGGAAAUUGAAAUCCUUAUCGGCACUGUUGGAAAUACAACGGCAGCUAAACUCUGGGGUCGUUUAAUAUUGAAAUUUCUAGUUUCUCUGAUCCGCCUAUGUAUUGCUUAACGGAGUGUUACUAUAACACAAAUACCAUAAAUGUGUUGUGUAUAAUUGUAAAUAAAACGACUUCCCUAAGGGGAUGUAAAUAAAGAAACCCAGCUUUCUAAAUAAUGUACGUAUCCUCACUAUGGGUGUCUUUAGAUGAAUAUAACCCAUGUCAUUUUUGUUAUUUCUGUAUAUUGUAAAAUGUAUUUUAAUGUAAAUCUAUUGCAAUUUAAUUUGUUU